GUAGAAAACAGCAAUGGCCUUUAGUGAAGGUGAAGUUUGUAGAAUUUGUUUAAGCGUUAAUAUACGCAUGUUUGCACUAAAGGAGACUGGCCUCCAAAAUUUGUAUAAGACAUUGACGAACAGUUUUCAUCUUCUUAAAAAACUGCGGUUGCCAACCCGCUCGCCAAGCGUGGCAACUAUGGCAAAUACUCCCCAAAUGGAUAAAGUUACUAAGAGACGGCCCCCAGUCCCCGGCGGCCCCGCUAUUACUGGCUACGGUGGCAACCAUGGUAACGGCAGGGCAGGGGGUGCUAAGAAUCUCCGGUGGAGGUUCGGUAUUGCCACCUACGACGACUCGACCUGGCAACAUACAACGCACGCACCCUGAGGACUGAUGAGAAGAUUGUGAAGCUGGAAGAAGAGAUAGACAAGUUACGCUGGCAUAAUAUAGGAUUAUCCUAAGUCCGAAGAGAGGGGGAGGAAACGGUAAUCCUCGAAUCCGGCAACUUGCUCUAUUACCGGGAGGACGACCAUCUGUCCCAAGGAGGUGUCGGAUUUAUCGUCCACAAGUCUCUCGUUAACAACGUUGUAAAGAUCGAGAGUGUGUCGACGAGGGUUGCGUUCCGUAUACUCAGAAUCACCAAACGGUAUUCGCUGAAGGUCAUACAGGUUUACGCACCAACCUCCGCACACCCCGAUGAGGAGGUGGAGGAAAUGUAUGAGGAUAUCUCUAGAGCCAUGCAUUCCUCCAAAACCCAAUAUACGGUUUUAAUGGGAGACUUCAAUGCAAAACUAGGCACAAGAGAGAAUGGUGAGCAGAAAGUAGGGAAAUUUGGAAUAGGGCAACGGAACCCAAGGGGCAGCAGCUGGCCGACUUCAUGGAGAAAGAGGGACUCUUUAUGAUGAACUCUUGCUUCCAGAAGCGGCCCCACAAGAAGUGGAUUUGGUCGAGCCCCGACGGUUCGACAAAAAAUGAGAUUGACUUCAUUAUGACGACCAGACGACAACUGUUCAGUGAUGUCUCAGUGAUCGCGAGGGUGAAAACCGGCAGCGAUCACCGAAUGGUUAGAGGCACACUGAACCUAAACGUUAAGUUGGAGAGGUCUCUUCUAAUGAAGUCAACGCUCCGUCCCCCUCGUGCUCUAAUCCAAAGUCCCGAAACCUUUCAGCUCGAGUUACAAAACCGUUUUCAGUGCCUAAAAGACUGCAAUGAAGUGGACGAUAUGCAUGACAAGCUCGUGGAAACUGUCCAUGCGGCCGGAGCUAAGUUCUGCAAGACCCGCCGCAGAAGAACACAAAACCUCUCUGAUCACACUCACAGAGGCAACUGUCAAAGCUGAAGACGUGUGGCAGCAUCGUUUCCGGGGCACCUGAGAUUUUGAGUGAGAUUGAUAGAUUCUAUGGACAGCUGUACACGUCAUCGUUGGAGCCACACGCAAGUGUGAGUAACGAUCCAAGAGCGAGUCUUAUCCGACAUUAUUCCGAUGAUAUCCCGGACGUCAGUCUGAGCGAGAUUAGAAUGGCUCUCCAGCACCUUAGAAACGGCAAGGCCCCAGGCGAGGAUGGAAUUACAGCGGAGCUUCUGAAAGCGGGUGGAAAACCGGUACUUGAAGUCCUCCAGAAGCUCUUUAAUUCCGUCCUCCAUGGUGGCAUUACACCGGAGGCGUGGAGCAGAAGUGCGGUGGUCUUGUUCUUCAAGAAAGGAGACAACGCUCUCUUGAAGAACUACAGACCGAUUUCCCUUCUGAGCCGCGUUUACGUGCUGUUUUUGAGAGUCAUUACGAAUCGUCACGCGCGCAGACUUAACGACUUCCAGCCUCCCGAACAAGCCGGUUUCCGAAAAGGCUUUAGCACCAUAGACCACAUACAUACCCUUCGGCAAAUUGUACAGAAGUCAGAGGAGUACAUUUUGCCACUAUGUCUGGCGUAUGUGGACUAUGAGAAAGCCUUUUUUCUUUCUGUCGAAAUUUGGGCGGUGCUGCAGUCCCUUCAGUAGUGCCAAGUUGACUGUCGGUAUAUCAAAGUGCUGAAGUGCUUGUACAGUGGGGCUACGAUGGCUAUCCGAGUACAGAACCAGAGUACGAAACCUAUCCAAUUGCAGAGAGGUGUAAGACAGGGUGACGUCAUAUCCCCGAAACUCUUCACCGCUGCAUUGGAAGACGUUUUCAAGCUUCUGGACUGGAAAGGAUACGGUAUCAACAUCAAUGGCGAGUACAUCACUCACCUUCGAUUUGCCGACGAUAUAGUCCUUAUGGCAGAAUCGCUGGAGGACCUAAGCACUAUGCUCAAUGACCUCAAUAGUGUCUCCCAACGGAUAGGUCUUAAGAUGAACAUGGACAAAACAAAGAUUAUGUUUAAUGUCCAUGUCACACCUAUGCCGGUAGUUGUUGGGAGCACUAAGCUCGAAGUUGUUGACGAGUAUGUUUACCUGGGACAAAUAGUCCGACUAGGUAAGUCCAACUUCGACCGAGAGGUCAAUCGACGGAUUCAACUCGGUUGGGCAGCGUUCGGAAAAUUACGGCACAUCUUCUCGUCAGGUAUACCUCAAAACUUGAAAACCAGACUGUACAACCAGUGUGUGUUGCCAGUGAUGACAUACGGAACCGAGACGUGGUCCUUCACUGCUGGCCGGAUGAGGAAGCUCAAGGUCGUUCAGCGAGCUAUGGAGAGGGCUGUGCUCGGAGUUUCUCUGCGUGAUAAACUUAGAAAUGAGGAUAUCCGCAGUUGAACCAGAGUUACCGACAUAGCCCAACGGAUUAGUAAGCUGAAGCGGCAAUGGGCCGGCCAUAUAGCUCGAAGAACCGACAACCGAUGGGGGAAAAAAGGUUCUCGAGUGGCAGCCUCGUACCGGCAGGCGAAGUAUUGGGCGUCCCCCCACUAGAUGGAGUGACGACCUGGUAAGAUAUGCAGGAAGUCGAUGGAUGCAGGUGGUUCAGGACCGUGCUUUGUGGCAUUCCUUGGGGGAAGCCUAUGUUCAGCAGUGGACUUGUGAAGGGCUAUAAUGAUGAAUGAUGAUUUUUAAUAUCAGUUAACCAAGAAUUGUAUAAGUAAUCUAAGUAAUGUUACUUACUGUACUUGGUUAUAAUUUUUUAUAUUAAGCUUAGGACCGAUUCGGAUAAUUGGCGAUUCGGAUAAUCGGCGUUCGAAUAAUCGGCGUUCUACUGUAUUUGAAUACUAUUUCAUAUUUAUGAAGAUUUUCAUAUUUUCAGUUGGAUGAGAUUGAGGGGCCCAUAAUUGUCUGUUUCACCUGUCAUGCAAGACUCAUUCGUUGCAGAAGGUUACAACAACAGGCUAUUGAGUCAAAUGUGGUUCUGGAGCAGUUGCUUUCAGGAGGAUCCAUGUCAAUACCAAAACCGCAUAAGGUUAGGGGUGAGAUUAAAUUCACACCAAUUUAUCAUAUAGAUAUCUGGCCUGUAGAGUGUGAUAUAGACAAUGAUUGCAAGGACGAAAUUUUUUGCCUUGAUGCCGUUAAAGUUGAGGAGGAGAUUUUCGAAUAUGAGAAUUCCAAAUUUGAAGAAAAUGAGAAUCAUGAAACAGAACCAUACAUCAUACCGACAAAUCAUUUUUCAAAAGCGUCUGAGAGCAAGAUUAAAUCAAAUUCUACUGAUUGUAACAUAAACGAUGUUCGUAAAGAAAACCUCGAUUUAGAAAGCCCUACUAUUAAAUCAAAGCCUAAAGUCAAAAAAGAUAAUCAACCAAUUAAUAAAAAAGGAAAGCGUCCUGCAAAGAUUAUG